AGCCGCGCGUGGGGCAGGGCGGGCGGGAUGGCGGGUGGCGCGGCGCGGCGGGGGCUGGUGGCGGCGCUGGGCGCGUGUCGGGUGUGGGCACUGCCGGCCUGGGGCGGCCGCGGCCUCGCGGGGCUCGGCGCGGCGGGGGCUGGGCUCGGGGGCGGGGCCUUCCCCGCGCAGCCGCAGCGGCGCCUCUCGUCCCGGAACCGCGCCGAGGGCAAGGUGCUGGAGACGGUGGGCGUGUUCGAGGCGCCGAAGCAGCACGGCAAAUACGAGACGGGGCAGCUGUUCCUGCACAGCGUGUUCGGGUACCGCGGGAUCGUGCUGUUCCCCUGGCAGGCCAGGCUGUACGACCGGGACGUCACUUCCCCCGCCCGAGACAAGAGCGAGAAUGCGGCGGGUCACGGAUCUAAAGAAGUCAAAGGGAAAACUCACACCUACUACCAGGUGCUGAUAGAUGCUCGGGACUGUCCGCACAUAUCUCAGAGGUCGCAGACAGAAGCAGUUACGUUCCUGGCAAAUCACGACGACAGCAGAGCCCUCUAUGCCAUACCAGGUUUGGACUACGUGAGCCACGAGGACAUCCUUCCCUACAACUCCACUGAUCAGGUGCCCAUUCAGCACGAGCUGUUCGAGAGGUUUCUCAUCUAUGACCAGACAAAAGUUCCACCUUUUGUAGCGAGGGACACGUUGUGUGCGUGGCAAGAGAAGAACCAUCCCUGGCUGGAGCUCUCUGAUGUGCAUCGCGAAACCACCGACAACAUCCGGGUCACUGUCAUCCCUUUCUACAUGGGCAUGAGGGAAGCCCAGAAUUCACAUGUCUAUUGGUGGCGCUAUUGUAUCCGCUUGGAAAACCUUGACAGUGAAGUGGUGCAGCUCCGAGAACGGCACUGGAGGAUAUUUAGCUUAUCUGGCACCCUGGAAACUGUCCGGGGCCGAGGAGUGGUAGGACGGGAGCCAGUCUUAUCCAAAGAGCAACCAGCGUUCCAGUACAGCAGUCAUGUGUCCUUGCAGGCAUCCAGUGGCCACAUGUGGGGCACUUUUCGCUUUGAGAGGCCCGACGGCUCCCACUUCGACGUGCGAAUCCCCCCCUUCUCCCUGGAAAGCAACAAGGAUGAGAAGACUCCCCCCUCCGGUCUGCACUGGUAGAGGAGCACGGAGACCGGCUCCUGAGUGCAGCGCAGCCAGGACGCAGCGUUUUGACACCUUUAAACCAUUCUGUUCUAACUGCUGUCUGAGGAGAGUGUUUUGAACUCUGGCGCUGACUCGCUCGGGCUGCAUGUGAGUGUUAUAAGUUGUGACAGUUGCCCCUUCCCUUUGUUUGCGGUGCCUGCCAGGACCUGAGGGCCUGCGCUCAUGCAGCAGUCAGGACACGUGCUUUCCCAGCCUCCUGUGAGUUCUUUAGCACGUGAGGCUUCCCUCUAAACUGGCCCUCCCAGAGGCAGGCAGCCCGCUCUCCUCCGUGCCCCGAAGCUUGCUCUCCUGUCCCACCUGCCCCAGCUCGGCCUGUGCAGAGCUCAGCCAGCUCAGCUCACACCUCUUGCUUUGCAGCUCAGUCCCAGCAGUGGCUGAAAUGCAAACAUUUCCCUGGGUGCAGCCCUUACUGGUGCAGUCUGCUUGCUGUUGUCUGGAGCUGUAUUCUGAGCAGAGGCACUUGCUGGGGCUCAACUUGUGCUCCUGCUGCGCUGGCUCGAUGAGAGCCAGAGCGUGGGGGGUGGGGGCAGCAGGUGCAGAGCAGGUUGUCACUGCUCUUUGCACGCUCGGAGCUGAGCUAAAAGUCAUAGGAAGGACCCCCCGCGCACCGUGCUGAACUGUAGAAAUGUGCGCCUCGCUGCCAGUGCUGAAGCUGUUUCCCUGCUCAUAUGUAACUGCGAGUCACCACGGCUGUGGUGCCCCGGCCUGCUGUGUGCUGCUGGGACACGAAGGUUCCCCUCCUUGCAGAGCUGGGGCCAUUGCCUGGCUUCAGCGAGGUGGUGCCCGGGCUGCAGCACAGCAAAGCUGAGCUCUAGGUCCUAGCACACACGGGCCGUGACCUCCUCGCUGCAGACUGAGCUAGCUGCAUGCUGCUUCACUUGCUGCCUGGAGGCAGGUCUGCGUUCCCUCGGCUGGUGCCUGUGUAGAGCUGUAGGGGCUUGUUUUAGGAUGUGAAGGCCCUGCACUGCUCUCCUAGCCAGGGGCUGUCUUUCUGCAGCUGGGUCUGGGGUCUUGGCAGCCCUCUGAACCUGGGGCAGGUUUGCAGGAGCUUAGGGCACAGUGGAGAGACCCUUGCAUCGAACCUGCAGCUGGUGACCUCAGGCGCUGCCUCGUCCUGCAUGCCGAGCCUGGAAGCAGGCAUGGGUUUGCAGAGUGCCCGAGGAUCAGGCUGCCCGCAGGGCCAGUCUCAUCCUGUUUUCCCUUCUCUGCCUGUACUCCUCCCUUAUUGACUCCCCACUAUGAAGCCGGGCUGUCUCCGUGGAGCAGAAGGGUUUUCCAGCACAAUUGAUCAAAAGACACCACAAAGCUUCCCCUCCCCUGCCCUCCCUGCAUGCCUGCUAGUGCCCUUGUCCAGGACAAGCUGUGUCUCGGCACUCUUCCCCCUUGAAAAGCCUCCACAUAGUCCCUUUUUGUGACCUGUUGCUUUCUCUGAGCAGUCCCCUCGUCUGCAGGGUCUAAAGGGCAGCAGGGCUGCUGGUUGCUUUCUCUGAACCACCGCUCUUUAGAAAUAGCAGCGCCAGCGACCUGUGCUGUGCCCCAGUAAGAGAAGUGGGCCAAGAGAAACCAGCUGCUUACAGGGCUGCGGUUUCCUCCCUUUCACCCUUCAUUUCCUGACUUCUCUGCUAUCAGACAUGGCACGUGCAGCCCCUGGGGUCCUAGUGGGGGAAGGUAGUGGAGCAACAGGACUGGCUGCUGCUAGUGGGUGGCGUGAGCAUGUGUGUUGUUUUGAGUUACAGCAGUGGGUGGUUGGCAGCACCUCACCCCGUGCAGUGCUAAUGCCCCUUGGGAACAGCCCUUUGGGAGGCACUGUCAGCAAGGCAGGGAACUGGCAGCUGCUCAAUGGAGAGUGGAGCAGCAGCUGCCCUGUGUUUGCCAUGGGCUGUUUGUGCAUUUGUUCGGCCAUCUCUCCUGCUGGGUUUUUGGGCUGCUGACAGGUCUAACCUUGUCGGGAGCAGAGCAGGGGGUGCCCCCGUGGAGGGUUGUGCUGGGGGAGGGGGCACAAGGUUUGCCCUGAGGCCGUACCCAGGGUGGAGCACUGCUGGGGCCCCAGUCAGGCCUGUAGUGUGAAUUCAGGGCUGGCUGGAUGUAAGCAGGAUCUUGGCUGCCCAGCAUGUGCUCAGGGGUGACACAGCCCAGGGGCCUUUGCAUGGGUUGGUUUGAUGGCUUCUUCCCUCCCAGGGCUGGUGGGGAAUGGUAGAGCUCGGGGAGCUGCGGCCAGGCUUGCAGAGUUGCACCAAGGGCUGGCUUCACUGUCUGUAAAUAACUGUACAAAUCACUAGUCAAUAAAGCAUUGAAGGAA